CCACUCUAGACGUGACUUUAAUUUAUUUCUUAGUAAUGAACUCUGGAACGAUACAUAGCUUUCUCAAGGGAAAGAGCAUUUUAGUAAUCGGCACAACAGGUUUCUUAGCAAAAGUUUUUGUGGAAAAAAUACUAAGAAUUCAACCAGAGAUACAACAGUUGUAUCUUCUUGUAAGAGCUUCCAACAAUGAUUUAGCAUCACAACGCUUGCAAAAUGAGGUAUUUCAAACAGAUUUGUUUGGAUUGCUACGAGAUAAGUUGGGUCAAGAAUUUGAUUCUUUCAUAUCAAAGAAAGUUACAGCUAUAGCAGGAGAUGUUUCUGUUCAAAAUUUGGGAUUGAAAGAUGAAAAUCUUAAUCUGUUUCAAGAAAUAGACCUUAUUGUCAAUUUUGCUGCAACCACUAAAUUUGACGAAAGGUUUGACAUCUCAAUGGGUGUUAAUACAAUGGGACCUUUACAUGUCUUAAACUUUGCAAAGAAAUGUUGCAAUAUAAAAGUUUUUGUCCACAUAUCAACAGCAUAUGUAUGUGGAGAGGCCAAUAAUGGAGAAGAAAUUUUACAAGAGAAACCAUUUGAGAUGGGUCAAACUUUAAAAGGAACCUCAAAAUUAAACAUUCAAACAGAAAUGGAUUUGUUGGAGAAAAAAAUAGAUGAACUUCGAGCAAUGAAUGCCGAUGAAAGCACAAUCAAAUAUGCAUUGAAAGAUUAUGGAAUUCAAAGAGCAAAUUUGCAUGGUUGGCCAAACACAUAUGUAUUCACAAAAGCAAUGGGAGAAAUGCUUGUAGUAAAUCAAAAAGAUAAUGUACCAUUGAUCAUUAUACGACCCACAAUGGUAACCAGUACGAAUAAGGAUCCAUUUCCUGGUUGGAUUGAAGGUUUACGAACUACGGACACUGUGAUACGCGGAUAUGGUAUUGGGAAAUUAGCAUGCUUUGUCGGUAAUCCCAACACUAUUUUAGAUAUAAUACCUGCAGAUUUGGUCAUUAAUUGUGUGAUUACAACCAUUGUUGUUCAUUUGGAUCAAGCUCCAAAAGAUUUCAUCUACCACAUUUCUUCAUCGUUAAGAAAUCCUUUCAAAGUUUUGGAUUUUAUCAACAUUAUCUAUGAUUAUUUUGUGAAAAAUCCUUGCACAAAUGAAAAUGGAAAACCAAUAGUUAUCUCCAAGAGACUUUUUCCGACAAGUUUGAGUGGUUUCAACGUUUAUUUGACAAUCAGAUAUGUCAUUCCUCUUAAGGUCUCAAAUUAUGUGAACAAAACAUGUUUUCGUUUCUCCCAAGAUGCUACUUAUGAUGACAACUACAAAAAAAAUAGAAUGCUUAAAGGAUGGGCAAAACUAUACAAGCCAUAUUCAUGUUUUAAAGCCAUGUAAGUGAUUUUCCAU